ACGAUGUCAUUGCUGCUGCGGAAAACCUAACACCAUGUUUGGGAACUCUGGGGGAGACGUCGGGUACGGGACCCAGCAGCAGGGAUAUCAAACGCGGAGCCGAGGAAGAGGUCGUGACGGGCCGCCGGAGGGGCAAGUGGUCGAGGGUGACCUAUUCGGGAACCCCAAACGCCAAAACUUCCGCUCGACGGACCCACCCACCGGAGUACCCCCUCGAGGGGCGUACAUCGACGCCACGGCCGGCGGCGGCGGGGGCGGCGGGGGCGGGAACGCCUUCAGGAGCGGCGGCGCCGGGGCCGGGGGAUACGGCCAGACCCCCGCGUCGGCACAGCCGUCGCCCUUCGCGCGCGGACCGAUGAACGCUUCCUCUUCCGUAGCCGGCGGCGGGAGUGCUCCGGGCCCUGGCUACGGCGCCGGUGGGUACAGCGAUCCCGGUCAGACCGCGCAGCAGCAGCAGCAGCACGGCUUCGGAGCUAGGGUGGGGUUCAGCAGCGAUGUGGCUUUCGUGCCCGUCGAAGCCAGCGGCAACAGCCGCGGGCAGAAUGUGAUGGACGACGACGACGACGACGACGAUAUUCCCACUCGCUCCUUGGCGGACGACCCCGACGAUGUCCGCGACGGCGGUGUUUUGUUCGGAGGGGGGGAGGGGCUCAGGAGUAGGCGCGGGGGGGGGGGCGACGACCGGAUGGGUGGCGGCGGCGGAUUUGGCGGUUUCAACGCGGCGCCUGACACACAGAGGGCGACCUGGGUCGUGGUGUGGGGCGUACCACCCGGCAAGUCGAACCAAGUCCUCAUCCGCUUCCUGCAGUUCGGCGACGUGGUAGAGCAACGGGGGCAGCCGGGCAGCAACUGGCUCUACUUGAAGUACGCCACGAGACUGCAGGCAGAGAAGGCGCUCGCCGCGGGGCACGGGUCGCGCUUGACGGACACGGUCAUGCUUGGCGUGCAGAGAGUACUCGACGACGAGGACACCUUUCUGCAGCCCGCCCACUCUCCCGAGGAGUGCGACUCCCGAUGAAGCACUGCUGCUGUACUCCUGUUGUGUCAAGCUUUGGCACGAGUACGACGCCCCCCCCCCCGACAACAGCGCGUAUGCAUAGCACUGGGGAUUCUUUUUUUAUGGAGAAGACCCUAUUUACCCUGUACAUGUUGCCAUCGAAAGACUACCGUCCUGAAACGGUGACGCCUGUCGAAAAUUGCUCUGCAGCAGAGUUGAUAGAGUUCGUCAUCCCUGAGGUAGCGUCUCCCAUCACCCACUUUGUAUCUAUUGAUUGACUUUGUCUUCGCUUUCCGGGGCGGAGGACUGGUUGCUUCUCGACUGCCGUACCGGCUUUCGCCGGUGUUGUAGGCAAGUUGCCAUACGCUCAGCUAAGCUGCGUCCACGUCGCAAGGGCACCACUGCUGCUGCACGCUUUAGCUUUUUGGGUGGUUUGUGACCAGCGGAGUUCUGUUGUGGGAUGUGACAUGGAGCUCAUGGACACCCCUCUUUGGGGGGAGGUAAAGAUUGCAAGCACGAAUAUGCCAUCCGAUUGAACGGUUCGAUUCGCGGAC